AUGCAUCUGGAGCCAAAAAAGUUGAACCUCUUGUCCUUGGACGGCGGCGGGAUCCGCGGUCUCUCCUCUCUCUAUGUCCUCAAACAGAUGAUGGAGGCCAUUGACCCAGAUCAACCCCCGAAACCGUGCGAGGUCUUCGAUAUGAUCGGCGGAACAAGCACAGGAGGAUUGAUUGCCAUCAUGUUGGGCCGCCUCAAAAUGGACGUGGACCAGUGCAUCGACGCAUACUACCGGCUUUCGAAGCAGGCAUUCACACGGAAGAGUUUUUUUCCCGUCACCAUCAGAGGAGGGUUCAACGCCCGCUUCGACAGCAAGAAGCUAGAACAAGCGUUGAAGACUGUCAUUGCGGAGCAGGGCCUUGACGAAGACGCCCUCCUCCAGGACCCGGACGCCUCGUGCCACGUCUUCGUCUGCGCAACCCGAACAACCACCGGUAGCACCACAAGCUUCACGAGCUUCUACCACCUGCGCGGCGAGACGCACCUAUACCGUGUCAUGAAGAUUUGGGAAGCCGGCCGGGCGACGUCCGCUGCGCCCUCGUUCUUCGAUCCGCUGAUGAUCAUCGACUCCGUGAUGCGGAACGAGCGCAGGUUUAUCGACGGGGCGCUGGGCGCAAACAAUGCCGUGAGAAAGGUGUGGGAGCAUGCCAUGGAUGUGUGGAAGUCGGAUAGGUUUGAAAAAUCGGAGUCGGGUAGGUUUGAAGACCAGCUGGGGUGUCUGGUCUCCAUUGGGACGGGCACGCCCCCGGAGAUGCAGUAUACCAGAGGAAUCUUUCAGACUCUCAAGCUUAAAAAGGGCCUUGUGACGGACACGGAGGUUGAAGCAGAGGACUUUGCGGAGGAACAUGCUAAUUUGGUUGAUGAGCACCGGUAUUUCCGGUUCAAUGUCCCAGGUGGAUUGGCGCAGAUUGGACUCGAGGAAAUAAAGAAGAUAAACCAGAUUGAGUUGGAGACGAACAAGUAUCUGGCUGCUGAAGCGGUUAGCCAGGAGAUUGAUAUCUGCGCCAGGUCGUUGCGAAGGUGA